CGGCGCAUACGAGGUACCUCCCGUCCACCGACAUCGCAGACACAUGCAAUGUCCCAUCUCGCUGCAGCUAGGCUCUUGGUCUCCCCAGCAUCGAGUCACUGCAAUCUACACAAAGUCCACACAUCUCUGGUGGUAGCUGCAUGUCCCAAUCCUCCUCCUCACUUGUGCCCAUUCCCGUCAUGAGCGCUGGGCCAUUCCCGUCCCAAGCUGCCCGAGCAGGUCUAGCUGGACCUUCGUCAUCGACUUCGGCGACAGCUUCAGCUCCAGCAGAUGCGCAAGAUAGCACUCUGUUCGCCACUUUGGCAGCAUAUGCCGAUGCUCUGGAUGCCCUGCCCCUCGACCUCACCAGGAGCUUCUCUGAUCUCAGGGAACUGGAUGCCGUGCUAGGAAGCCAUUUGGCAGGCUUGACUGCUCGACUGUCCCACUUGUCCGACGCCAUCAGCCAAGAAGACAUGUCACAGGGAGAGAGAUUGCUGGCUCUGAAAGAGUGUGCUGAGGAAGCGCGCGCAUAUAAGAUGGGAGGAGAAGAUAAGAUCAGAGUCGCUGUAAACACCGCAGAGACUAUCAUUUCGCACACAUCUCACAUCAGCACGUUGCUAACGGCUCUCAGCUCUCACCCUGGUCUGGCGCCAUACCUAGACUCCCCUCCUUCCCACCUGGCCGGGCACUUGUCGGAUGGCACACCGAUCGUUGGAGGCGACCGCCCAGUGAUACAGUCUGGAGCAGGAGGCAUCGCCAAAGACGGAUCCAAGGGGAAGAAAGGCGGGCCUCCUCGUCUGGCUCGGUUGGGUGGGUCGGCUGGACCCAGUGGUCCGCUAGCCGCAGUGAGCUCUGCUGCAGCGGCGGCUGGCAUAAUGGGAGCAAGCCUUGCUGGCACCGUUGCCCCUCCGUCAGCCUCUCCAACCACCGGCAAAGGAACCAAUCCUACGCCAAAAAAAAGGAAAGCCAAUCCCAAUAGCGUUGACGAAGCACCGAGCGCUGGACAUACCAAGAGUGCAGCUACUUCGUCGUCCGCUGCCAAGAAGAAAGCCAACGCAGCAGCCGCUGCUGCAGCUACAGCAGGUGCCGCAUCGGCUGGUGCAGGAGGCGUGCUAGCGGCUAGCCUUCACGGCUCCGUAGGCAGCGGGGCUGCUAGCGCUCAAGGAGGGUCGACAAGCAGACCGAGAGGUGGUGCCGCCGGUGCCAACGCGCCAAAUGGCAAGACAGCUGCUGACCGUCAACUGACCACUUCAAACGAACGAGGAGAGCGCACCUCGCGCGAGGGAAAUGGGGAAGGCGAGAUCGAUGGAGAUGAUGCGAAAGGGCAAUCAACCAGUCGUUCGAGGCGCCCAGCUCCUUCAGGGACGGCUCACGCUGCAGCAUCAUCUGCAGCUGCAUCCAAGCACAACACCUCCUCCGCUUCCCCGGCCCCUUCCACAGCCGGACAUGGGUCAGGCAACAAUGGCGCAGCGAUGCCGGGUCAGAUCGGAACUGGACAAUCGAGCAAUGCUUCCUCUGUCGCUCCUCCUGCUCGUUCAGCUCGCGUCACUAGAGCAGUCAGAGGCGGUGCGGAUGAAAACCCGAGCAACGCGACAGCUGUGGCUGAAGAAGAUGAGAGGAGGUACUGCUACUGCGACAAUAUCUCUUAUGGCGAUAUGAUCGGUUGCGAUGGAGAUGACUGUGAAAGGGAAUGGUUCCAUCUUGCGUGCGUCGGUAUGACCAAGCCACCGCACGGCUCAUGGCUGUGCGACGAAUGCAGACACAAGACUGAACACAGCAAGAAGCCCGGCGGUGGGAAUGGCAACUCCAAGUACACAAAGAGUGGAGGCAAAGGUCAUUCUCGUAGAUAAGUCGCGAUUCUGCGCCAAUUCGAUUCGCUGCGAUGUAAAAACGAUUGGGACUGUAUAUUUCUGUAGGUGUUAGUGGACGAUCUGCAAAAUUGAUAAUGUC